ACAAAGUAUGAACCACAAAACAUCAAAUCAAAAUUCCAAACUAAAAAUUCGCAUCUAACCCCAUCCUUAACCCUAAGUUUUAUCACAACCAUAUAUAUGAAGCCAAGAACAAUAAUAAUACUCUUAACCAUAGCCGGCUGCUUCGAAAAUUCCUCCCUCCCUCUUCAUACAUAUACAGGAGCAAUCACCACCGCCAUGGACACCUUCACUGUCUUUCAGUCAUGGCUCAACAAAUCCUUAAUCUCGUGUUUUUCUCGUUAUUGAUUCUAACAACAAUGACUCUAACAAGAGGUUUGUCUAAAAAAUGCCGGGUAACAGUAGUACCGACAACACCCUUGGUUACCUUUCUUGAACGUGUCCAAGAAACUGCCCUCGACACUUUUGGAGAAAAGAACUUUGAUGCAAAACUUUACGUCGAUUUGUCAUUAAAACUCAAUCUUUCGAAGACAGAGAAAGCUUUUGACGGGCUACCAAGAAGUGGUGAAAACGGGACUGUUUCAGUCAAAGACUUGAAAGAGUUUAUUGCAACCUACUUUGAUGAUGCAGGGGAUGAUCUCCUGUACUAUGAUCCUGUGGAUUUUGUUCCUGAACCCGAAGGGUUCUUGCCUAAAGUAAAGAAUCCAGAAGUGAGGGCAUGGGCUCUCGAGGUUCAUGCUUUAUGGAAGAAUUUGAGUAGAAAAGUCUCCGAUGGGGUUCGUGAACAGCCUGAAUUGCAUACUUUACUUCCCCUGCCUGAGGCAGUGGUUGUGCCUGGUUCACGUUUCAUAGAGGUUUAUUAUUGGGACUCGUAUUGGGUAAUUAGGGGCUUGCUGUCAAGUAAAAUGUAUGAGACUGCAAAAGCAAUUGUGACAAAUCUCAUUUUCCUUGUGGAUACAUAUGGCUAUGUUCUUAAUGGUUCAAGGGCCUAUUACACCAAUAGGAGCCAACCUCCCCUCCUGAGUGCAAUGGUUUAUGAGAUAUAUAAUAGAACUUGUGAUGUGGAAUUGGUUAGAAAGGCUCUUUCUGCAUUGCUCAAAGAACAUGCCUUUUGGAACUCUGAGAUACAUAAGGUCACCAUCCAGGAUGCUCAAGGCUGCAACCACAACUUAAGUCGGUAUUAUGCAAUGUGGAACAAACCCAGGCCCGAAUCUUCUACAAAAGAUAAGGAAUCUGCUUCCAAGUUCUUGAGUAAUUGUGAGAAACAACAGUUUUACCACGACAUAGCUUCAGCUGCUGAAUCCGGAUGGGAUUUUAGUACAAGAUGGAUGAGGAAUACGUCAGAAUUCACUACAUUGUCCACGACAUCAAUUUUACCUGUUGAUUUAAAUGUUUACAUUCUCAAGAUGGAACUAGAUAUUGCCUUUUUGGCAAAUGUCCUCGGAAACAAAGCCACAAUGGAGAGUUUCUUGGAAGCUGCCGAAGCAAGAAAAAAUGCAAUCAAUUCUGUUUUCUGGAAUGGCGAGAUGGGACAGUGGUUUGAUUACAGGCUCACUAAUGGCGCUAUAUGCAAGGAAUCUGAAACAUGGCAAGCUUGUAACCAAAAUCAGAAUGUAUAUGCUUCGAACUUUAUUCCUUUGUGGAUAGAUUUGUUCCAUUCAGAUGUUGCUUUGGUGAAGAAUGUCAUGGGGAGUUUUCAAAGUUCAGGCCUGAUUCAUGUUGCUGGAAUUGCCACUUCUUUAAUAAAUUCAGGACAACAAUGGGACUUUCCAAAUGGUUGGGCGCCACUUCAACACAUGAUUGUUGAAGGUUUGCUGAGAUCUGGAUUAAAAGAAGCAAGGUCAUUGGCAGAAGACAUAGCUGUGAGGUGGAUCAAAACCAACUACGUUGGAUACAAGAAAACAGGCGCAAUCCAUGAAAAAUACGAUGUGCAAAAAUGUGGAGAAUUUGGAGGUGGUGGAGAAUACAUACCCCAGACUGGUUUUGGUUGGUCAAAUGGAGUUAUAUUGGCAUUUUUGGAGGAGUUUGGAUGGCCUGAAGACCGGAGCAUAGGUUGUUGAUCGGCUUGGAAACUAAAGAGAGGGAUUUUUUAUACAACAGUUUAUUUUUGCGAUCCAAGGCUUUUUUUUUUCCACGUUAUUUCCUCAUGCAUGCCAUUAUUGUAAUUUGAUCACGUGCUGAUAGAUCCUAUUGAACGCGAUCAGUCUUGUUUCUGUCAUCUUUUAAUAGAAAAUGAAUUAAUGAA